AUGUCCUUUGUAAACCUCUCCCGCCCCCCUCUCGACCAUCGCCCCCCUCUCGACCAUCGCCCUCAUAGCGAUACACACGUCCGACCCAAGUUCAAUUCGCAAAACACAUCUGACCGUCUAAGAGAAGGGUCAGGUCUGCGACCCAAGCCGUAUCCAAUGGUCAGCAACAUCAAAAAGGGCAGGAAAUCGGUUUUCAAGGAGCUGGGACUGGACGACGACUUCAGCGACGAUUGCAGCUCGCCCGUCGCUGAGAGUUUUCAACAGUCCUGCGGCCGACAGGAAUCGAUGGCCGGCGAGAAGGAAUUUGGAGAUGUGCCUGGGCGGGGGGAAUCGAAACGCUACGGCACUUCCAACGAUGACGAAGACGAUGUAGAAGAUGACGGCGAUGGGGACCGCAGACGUUCCGAGACUGACCAGCGCGAGACGGCGGCCGAGUCCAGACAGCCGAGCUCAAGUCAAGCUGUGAAGCUGUCUUGGUACAGCAAGCUCUCCCAAGGUUAUCGACGGCCGAGGAUCAAGACGGUCUCUAGCGCACCACCGCCAACGAUCUCCAGUCUGCAGCGGCUCGGCAUGAUUGCCAUGCUCAUCGCGGUCAUCAUUCCGGCAUUCAGUUAUAACAAUGGUCGCCAGAAAAUUGAGAGCGGGGCGGUCGCUGGUGUUAUACGGCCCCGAGCAACGUCGCCGACGAACGUUUGUCUGAGAUGGGCUCAGCAGGCGGCUUUACUUAACGGGACCCUUUACAUGUACGGAGGUCAAUCCAAGACGGAGGCUUCGCAAACCGUCAACACUUGGAACAAUGACUUCCUCACACUCGACCUGAAAAGGUCAUGGGACACGAAAUCGCCCUCUAUGAAGGGUAUGACGAUACCCAAUGGCCCUCCCGCAGUCGCAAACGGCUACUUGUGGCACGACUACGACUAUCUCUACCUCUACGGCGGUCAAUUCGCGGACAACGACGGCGCAGAAGGCACGUAUGCCACGGUUGCUCCCAUGUCAAUCUGGCGAUACUCCGUCAAGGACAGCUCCUGGCUCGAAUUCAGCGACCCCCGCACAUCGGCCGGAAACUACUCAACUGCGGCCAACACCCCCGUUCAACGCUCCGCCGAGGGCGCCGGCAUAUCAGUGCCCGAGCUCGGGCUGAGCUGGUACUUUGGCGGCCACCUCGACUGGCUGACCACCGCGGGCUGGUCGACUCAGACUCCGAGGGUGUACCUCAAGAGUCUGUUGGAGUUCACUCACCCUGGGUUCCUAAACACCGGGGUCGACGCCCUUCGGGCUGCCGGCGCUGCCGACGGCGGGGUCUUUCGCAACGUCACCGAGGGCGGAUUGCAGGAAACCGACGCGUUCCCGGAACGAGCUGACGGUGUCUUGGUUUUUGUGCCCGGGUGGGGUGCCAGAGGCGUGUUGGUCGGCAUGGCGGGAGGUUCCGACAAGACGUUUGUCGACGACCUCGGCACCCUUGACGUCUACGAUAUCGCCACGUCCGAGUGGUAUCAUCAGAGGACGACGGGCGACACCCCAUCCGUCCGCGUCAACCCAUGCGCCGCUAUCGCGAGCGCCCCGGACGCCUCGAGCUUCCAGAUCUAUUUCUUCGGCGGCCAGAAUCUGCAGCCCUUUGGCAACCAGACACAGUACAACGACAUGUACAUCCUUUCCAUCCCCGCCUUCGCCUGGAUCAAAGUCGACGCAACCGACGGCGUCCCCGCCCCCCGCGCCGGCCACACCUGCACCAUGCGCGACGGCCAAAUCAUCGUAGCCGGCGGCUACCUUGGCUCCGACGCCGGCUGCGAAUCUCCUGGCGUCUUCGUCUUCGACGCGAGCAACCUACAGUGGAACAGCGGCUUUGUGUCCGGUGCCCACGCGGCGGACUUCAGCUCCGAAAACUCCGUCCUGGCCGGGUCCUACGGCUACAAGGUCCCCGGCAAAGUCCAGAGCGUCAUCGGCGGCAGCUCCGAGGGCGGGGCCACCGCCACGACACCCGCGGCCGGUCCGGCUACGGGUGGGCCGUUCAAGACGGGUACGCCGCCCGUUUUUACCGUCACACAGGGUGGCGCAACGGCUACUGUUACGGGCGUGGGACCUACGAGCACGGCUGCGGGCCCAGCGCCGACAAAGGAGGAUGGAGGCGGAACGAACCCUGGUCUCAUCGCGGCGGGCGUCAUUGCCGGUAUACUGGGUGCGCUGGCCGCGUACCUCGGCUUCUGCGCGUGGUUGUACCGUCGCCAGGUCGCCGCCUACAAGCAGCACCUGUCGCAGGUGAACCGGUACUCGGGUGCCAGCUCCACGCACUUUGGGGCGGCGGGCUUCUUUGGCGGGAAUCGCGGCGAGGAGAGGAGGGAGCGCGGUCACCGCCGUGAUACCAGUACCGUCAGUGACGAAUCCUUUUCGUGGGUCGGCACCGGCGUUGAACCCAAAUGGAUGACGGACGAUCCGGCCCCGGGCUUUGGAUCCGGCGGCAUGGCCAGCGGUAGCGGCGCCGCCGGCGGUCUGAAGCGGAAGAGCGAGGACGUGAGGACGUUCAAGAGCGGGCCGAGUGGGAAUGAUCCGCGCACGAGCUCGAGCAGGCGCGACAACACGGAUAACGAGAGCGUUUCUAGCACGGAGCAGCUGCUAGAUGGGCAGGAGCCGAGUUUCUUCUCGGUCGUCAUGGGGCCUAGACGGGCUUUGCGGGUUGUCAACAGCACCGAGUAA